ACGGGCUUUAUCAUGCAUAGUUUACCCUACCUGAAGUUUACUUGUAUAGACUACUACAUUACCGGAUCUGGGCCGGAUAAAAUCCUGAAGUAUGCUAAAUCAUUUUCUUAUUAUCAUCUUACUCUAAUAUAAUAAAUGCCAAAUAAUGUUGUACAAACGUUAAACUAUUUAUUUGUUAAUUUAUUUAUUAAGUACGUCAUGAGCAAUUUAUAUAACAUAAAUUACAUUAAAACGUAUACGUAACUGAAAUAUAUAAAAAUAUUCAAAUUUUAAUUAUUAAUAUUUUAAACGUCAUUGCCAUCACUAUCUUGAUCGCGAGUUCUUUUUCUGCUGUCACGACCUCGAUCCCAAUCAGCAGCAUUGUUUAUAACAGUUCCAAUCAGUCCCAGUAAAUCAGCAUUUGUCACUGUUUGUCCCUUCUUACCAUAUGCAUUCUGCAUUGCAUCUGAAAAAUAUUAUACUUAUUUAUGAAGAAUAUUUUUAUAUAAAUACAUGAGCCAAAAAUAAUUUUUUUAUUUCCUGUCUUACCAAACAAGCAGUCGUAAAACUUAGAAUCUUUAAAAAUGUACUUUAAAAUAGGAGUUAUAACGUUGGCAGCUACAUUUUUCUCUUGAGUAUUUAUAUUGCAGCCAAAAUAAGUUUUCUGAAAUGAAUAAAUAUAGAUUAAAUUUGAAUUUUUUUUUCUUUGUGUAAUUUAACAUCUAUAGUUCUUCUAAGGUUUUUAGCAAUACCUAUGUAAACAAAUUUGGCUUCAUCUUCCGGAUAAUUUUCUUUAAAAUUCUUAAUUUCAAAUAGUUUUUUUUUACCUGUUUUUAAAAAUGUGUUUGCACAUGCAGGAAGUUCAGAAUAAUACGUUUUCAAUGUUUUCAAUAAAGCAUCUAGAUGAGUAUUAGGAAUGGUAAACGUAAAAAACCAUUUCUUCAAGUCUUUCGCCUAUUCUACUAAUUCAUCAUUAUUAUACUUCUUUGCUAUAACAGGUGCAUCUGUAUCUGAUUCUUUAUUCUUAACAAUGUUUUCUAUGUCUUCUACUUCCUGAACUUGUAUAAAUUGUAUCGUAGUAGUCUGCUACAGUUUACAUGUUUUCUAAAUCUAGGCAAGCAAAUCCGGGCCGGGUUAACGCAAUUUCCUUUGCUCUGUAGCAGAAAAGGAGUCUCAUAACCUCUGAAAACGCUAGCAUACAAAAUUGUGAUUGAUUUUGAUUGUUGAUUUUCGUGAUAUUUUAAAUAAAUUAAUAGUGAAAAAUGCCGAAAGUAUGUUGUGUACCAACCUGCAAAAUGCGGAGCGACGAUUUCGAUAGUUUAAAGAAAACUUUUCACACCAGAUAAAGAUUUGAGACAAAAAUGGAAACAACAAUUGAAAGCGGAGUUUAUGGAUUUGUCGUUGCCAAAAUAUUCAUAUGUGUGCAGUUCACAUUUCAAGCCUGAUUGUUUUUAUUUUUCUGGACUGUGUACAAAUCUGAGAUUAAAAAAAAGGAUCUUAUCCAUCAAUAUUCUCAAGCUUGGAAGAUAAUAAGUUAGAAAAACAGUUUGUCGAAGCAGAUACAAGUUUAAAUCAUAAUAAUUCACAAUUGAUGGAAGCAGAAGACAGUAAGCAGGUUGAUAUUUGUACCAAUGAAGCACCUGAUAGUCGAUCAAAGGAUUAUCAAGCAGAAUCAGAUGGAGAAAGUGACACGAGUCCUCUCAUGGAUGUGCCAGACUUUGUGGCAGCAGAAUUACCGACCAAAGCUAAUGUGUCUGAAAGCAACAAUCCAACUGAUAAGAUGAUAUCAAAGUCUCGAGUGAAAUCUUUGACGAAUGUAGAUGUUGAAAGUUUAGAUGCACCAGUAGAUGUGAAAGACAUUCUGCGAAAUGCAAAGGCACAAAUAAUAUCUCUUCAGCGAAAAAAUAAAACUUUACAGACAAAACUUUAUCGCUGGAAAAAAGGAGUUAAAACGGGAAAUUCUUUGCUGUCACACCUAAAGCACCGUAAAUAUAUAAACGAGAAUGUUGUCGAUUCACUAAAAGUAAGUAAAUUGUUAAGUAAUUCUUGACUUCUGUAGUAUUAAGUAAUUGGUUAUGUACUAUGUAAACCUUCUUUCAUUUAUUUAUUUUUUUCUUUAUUUCUAAAUCUCAUAUUUAUAUGAAAGUUAUGUAAAAAUAUUAUUGUAUUGCAUAGAAACCGAUUUUUUAUGACCUAAUAUAUAGGAACAAGUGUGUGUAGGUGUGAGUGAGAAAAGUUUAAGAAAGAAUGCACAUAAGUAUAUAGCCUAUAAGAUGAAUUGUAAUUCAUUAUUUUCUACACAGUCGGACGACAAUUGAUAUUUUAAUUCCAUAACAAUUUUAUUGAUUUGAAAUUAUUUUUUGUCAAUUCUUGUUUUACUUCGAUGCAAACUAUUGAAAAUCAUGUAAGUGUGUUAAGGAUGUAUGCGUAUAAAUUAAUCGCAUCAUAUUUUAUGUUUAAAAAUAUUUUAUUGUAUAUUAUAACAAAUCUCUAGUCACGAAAGUAUAAAAUAUCAUUUUUAAUCAUGUACAUAAAUAAACAUCAAAUGAAAUUCUUAUACAAACAAAUACAAAAGUUGAUUUCUAUUCGUUGGAUCUAUUUCUUAAAAAUUGCUUGAUAUUGAAAAUUCUCUUGUCUAGAGUUUGCUACGUUAAUGUAAGAAAUUUUAGUUUUAAUUUUGCAUUUGUCGAUUUUUUAAUAAAACAUUUUUGUACACAAUAAUUGUAUAUAAUUUUCUAAAAGAUUCAUUAAAAUAUAAAAUAUAAUAAA